AUGGCCAAGAAGACAGACGAAGUUGAAGAGGUGGACAACUACGAAAAACGGUUGCCUGCUUUGCUUCCAUUUGCCAAGCCGUUGGCUUCGAAGAAACUCAACAAAAAAGUGCUAAAAACCGUCAAGAAGGCCUCGAAAUCUAAACAUGUCAAGAGAGGUGUUAAGGAGGUGGUCAAGGCUCUCAGAAAGGGCGAAAAAGGACUCGUUAUUAUUGCCGGCGACAUUUCUCCAGCCGACGUUAUUUCUCAUAUUCCUUGUCUGUGCGAAGACAACGGCGUUCCAUUCUUGUUUGUGCCAUCUAAAGAAGAUCUUGGCUCCGCAGGUGCUACCAAGAGACCAACCUCGUGUGUCAUGAUCGUUCCUGGUGCCGGAAAGAAAGACUCCAAGGGCGACGAUUACAAGGACGGGUAUGAUGAGAUCGUUUGUUCCAAGCUCGCCGACUUUCUGUUCCAGAAUGACGGCUCCCUUGGCGUCAGUAACGGUAACCAACGAUUUAGGAACGUUCCAUUUCAGGAACCAGUUCGUUCUUCUCGUGAGCUCUGGCUCGCUGUCCUUGUACCGGUCACGCAGCAUGUUGAUCAGGUCUGGGAUCUCAAGCGUGAGAAGAGCGUUGUUGAUGCUGUUUCUCGAGAAAAUGUUUCCAAACGAUCCUGCAACCACAAGCUUAAUAUCACGGGCCAAAAUACAGGUAGCAGCCUGUUCUCUGGACGAACCGGUACCGAAGUUGAAACCAGAGAUGAUGAUAUCGCCUGCUUUGGUCUUGGCUCCGAACUCAGAGUCGUAGUUCUCCAUACAAACCUCAGCCAUCUUCUCGCGAGGAACAUCGUCCUGGUAGGUGUAUUUACCUGGGUAGAUUCCGUCGGUGUUGAUGUUAUCAGCGUCACAAAGAACCAGCUCGCCAACGAUCUCUUCUGGGAAACCUGGCAGCACAGCGCCCGACGACUUGACGGCCUCUUCACCAGCUGGCUUCUCGUUCACAACAACGGUUUUCUUGACCUCUCUGGUUGGAGGACAUGGUUUUCCGUCCACUUCUUCUGGAGCAGCAAUCUUACCGACAACGGCGGAUGCUGCAACCACUUCUGGCGAGGCCAAGAACGCAAGAGCAUCUUUGGAACCCAUUCUUCCCUUGAAGUUUCUGUUGGUAGCAGAGAUUCCGACCUCACCUUCUUCCAACAGUCCGGUUCCCAAUCCAAUACAUGGACCACAUCCGGCUGGAAGAGGAAUGCAUCCAGCGUCCAAAAGAGUCUUCCAAGCACCAGCGGCCUCAGCGUCGGCCUGGACCUCGGAAGAGGCAGCAGCAAUGUAGAACUCGACUCCCGGAGCAAUCUUGUGGCCCUGGACGAUAUCGGCAGCAGCUUUGAUGUCACUGAGUCUCGAGUUGGUACAGGAAACCAAGUACGCCUUGUUGACCUUCAUGUUCUUGGCAGAAAGAUCGCUCAAGGAGCUCGACACCUUCACAGAGUUUGGUCCAGAAACGUACGGAGACAGCGUCGACAGGUCGAUCGUCAGCGUCUUGGCAUAGUACGCAUCGUUGUCGGCAGCAAGCUUGUUCUGUCUCAGUGCUUCCAAGGUCUCGUUGUUGAUUCUUGGGUGGUUAGGACCGAGUCUGAGCAAUCUGUUGGUGUAGAACUUGAUCAGCGUCUCGUCAAUAGGGAACAAACCAGACAGAGCACCCCAUUCGGUGGUCAUGUUGGCAAUAGUCAGACGGUAGUCGAUUGGAAGUUUCUCGAUCUCGUCUCCAACAAACUCGAUAGCAUGGUUCAAAACCUCGUCGUUGUUGAACAAUCCACACAGCGACACAAUCACGUCCUUUCCGGUGACUCCCUUGGGAAGACUCCCCUUCAGCUCAACCUUGGCAACCGGUGGAAUCUGCCACCAGGUCUGGCCGGUAGCCCAGAUGGAGGCAGCGUCCGUUCUCACUAUCGGAGUACCCAGAGACCCAAUACCUCCGAGUAUAACCUCUUGGAAGCCAAUAAACAGGGGAUUUUCCAUGCGAUCGAUACGAAUCGCAUAGUGGUUAUAGAGAAUCUCGUGGGGACGUACUCUAUUUGCCGAUUUCUGCAGAAAUACUCAACGUUGCAACUGGUUUGUGUUGAAAACUCGCCGUUCUGUGCAGAUCUCGUGAAGAAAAACCUGUCAGAAAUAAACGUUUACUCUAUAGAGGAUGUUCUAUGGAGAAAAAUCGAUGGCGAACUUGUUGUUCUCGCUGCGUCGCCCGAUGAAGUGCGUACGCAGUUGGCAAUCGACCGUAUUUCGGCGAAGAAACUCGUUGUCAUCAACAGCUACCACAGCAAAGCCUCAAUUUCAAGGGUAAGGAUAAACCUUCACAAUCCAGUGCAUCCGGUGCUGUUUGCGACAGCAAAACCGAUAGACCUGUUUGCAGAGGUCGAAAAGCUCGUGAAAGACCGUCCGGGAAACACGCUCGUUCUUUUGCCGUCCAAAAAACUCGUUAAGCAGUUCUCCUCCAAACUGGCUGCAACCACUGUUCUAUCCGAGUACGAUCUCCUUCGUUUGCGGUUGGUCAACCAGUCCAGUCUUGUGUUCAUGCUCAAUGCGGAACAUCUCAUUAAUUGCACGAAAUACCUCGAUUUCUUUCGGCCCUUUGGCUUUUCGCUGGUGAUCCAGUCCGGACUCUACCAACAGCACGCUUUUUCGCCAAUGAACUAUUCCACCGUCACAGAGACUCCUGUUCCCCGACGGUUUGUGGACGUUUUGUCUGUAGAGACACGGGUCCUUGUUCCAGAGAAGUCACUUGUUGAAUCGCAGCAGAUCGAUCCUUUGGUGCCGAUUCUGGUUCUUCUAAACAGCUACCAAGACGCUCCCGAGGAGUUUUUCGAAAACCAGCUUGUUCGCCAACUAGCUUUGUUUCCCUCGUUCGAGACCACGCUGGCUCAGCUGGAAACGCUAAGGCUCGUCGACUUCUCAAACGGCUACCGGCUCACCAGCCACACGUUCUGGAAAUACAGGCUGUUCCACUUUGCCGGACGCAAAUGGAUUGGGCUCGUUGCUGCGCUGGACGAGUCUUUGGGCCACAGUCAGGACACAACGUUCCUGUUGCUCGGAGUUCUGUCCAUCCUCUGGGUACUGGAAUCCUCGUCGUACACGUGCUGGUCGCUGUUGUACGACCUGAACACCAAGUUCAAGGAGCUGAGGAGUCAGGAGUCCGAGUUUGUGACUCUGAUCAACUUCUUCAUCUCUGUGUUCCAUCUGAACGGGUUGCAGCUGGUUCCAACCAGUUCAUCGCCACCAACAGAGCUGCAGCAGUUUGUGCGUCAGCUGCGGGUCGCCGGCCAGAUAGUUGAGACGUUCAACUCGCUAGUGGUGCAUUUUAACGUGUCCGACACUUUGACCGACUCCGUCCUGGAGAACGUACUGCGCUGUCUGCGAAAAGGGCUAAUCUUCAACUGCGGCGUGCUGUCUUCGAUCCGCGUGACAGAACAGCCUUUGAUCCGGUUCAAGGCGGACCAUGUUCUCUCUGGGACCAUCCCGGAACUUGCGUUCGAGCUGCCUGCAGAGCUGUCGUCGUACUACUCCACUGGCAACCUGAUCCACUGGCUCACACUGGAAAGUUCUACGGAUAGCGACCUGUAUCCAUUUCUGGGACUCAAGGGGUUCAAGGAGGAGACGCUACGAGAGUCAAAAGGCAAACCUGUCACAGUUGAGAAACUGAUUCCUGUGAACUACGACCUUGGAAACCUUGCGGUUUUCGACCCCAACCCGCUGGACGCUUCGCAGAUCAGCAACGACACGGCGAAAAACGACUACCUCAAGAGCGUGACAAGAGAUAACGUGCAGCUGCUGAUCAACCAGGUGCUUUCGCUGCCACUGAAGAAGACGAGCGAUAAUUCUAGUGGACAGAACUCUACGAUGACUUUGAUCGAGCUGCCGGACCCUAUCACACAGCUUCCGCGUGAAAAGAGCGUUCCAAAGGCCAAGGAGCCUACAAGAUGGGAGCUAUUUGCCGCCAAGAAGGGUAUCAAGAAGAAGGGCAAGGAAGGAAAGCUUGUCUACGACGAGGCUACCGGAGAAUGGGUGAACAAGUACGGAUACAAGGGUAAGAAUAAAGAGAUGGACUCGCAAUGGCUUGUGGAAGUUGACGACAAGAAGGCUGGCACCGAGGAGGAGCUGAUUGAUCCGCGUAAACUGAACAGAAUGGAGCGUAAGAAGCUGAUCAAAAAGAACGAAAUCCAGCAAAAGCGCAACAGAGAGAAACGUUAG